AUGGUAAAUCAAGUACAUCAGCUCUCGUACAGCCCCUUGUCGGCGCACGCAUUUAAUGCCGAUCGCUCCAAGGUUGCUGUUUCGCCUAAUACAAAUGAGAUUUUCAUUUUUUCUCAGUCACCUCAAGGCUGGGUCCUUGAGCACACACUCUCAGAACAUGACAAAGUAGUUACAGGCAUUGACUGGGCACCGCACACGAACCGCAUCGUUAGCUGUUCGCAAGAUCGUAAUGCCUAUGUUUGGACUCUUAGCGGUUCAGUGUGGAAGCCCACGCUGGUUCUCCUCCGCUUGCACCGUGGAGCUACAGCUGUGCGCUGGAGUCCAAAUGAAGACAAAUUUGCUGUUGCUAGUAGUGCGCGCAUUAUUUCGGUGUGCUCUUUCGAAGAGGAUAACGAUUGGUGGGUCGCUAAGCACAUCAAGCGUCCGCUUCGUUCUACCGUUACAUCAAUCGAUUGGCACCCAAACAAUGUACUUUGGCCUGCAGGCUGUGCCGACUUUCAUGCUCGUGUAUUCAGUGCCUAUAUUAAGGGCGUCGAUACAAAGCCGCCUCCCAGCGUGUGGGGCGAACGUCUGCCAUUUGGCACGGUGUGUGGGGAGUUCCCGACACCAUCCGGCGGCUGGGUUCACGGCGUUGCUUUUAGUCCUAGUGGUGAUGCGCUUGCUUAUGUGGGACAUGAUGCGUCUCUUACAGUUGUGUACCCUGCAGCGCCGGAGUCACCGCCACAGGCCAUGCAUGUCAUCCGUCUCCCAAGUCUUCCGUAUAUGACGCUUCUUUUCAUUAGCGAGACGGCUCUUGUUGCUGCUGGGCACGACUGCCAGCCGAUGGUAUUUGAAGGCUCGAUUGACAACGGCUGGAAACUCACCCGCAGCCUCGAUACUGUUGGCACUGCCGCGUCAAAACCAAAGCCGCCGCCGCCGCCGCCUAAAAAGCCAGGACUUGGUGCCCCUGCAGCCACCGCAUCAUCUGGUGGUGUUGGUCGGCUUAACAAUGAAGCAUUUGCUCGCUUCCGCGAAGCAGACUCCCGUGGAAAAGCAGCUGCUCCUUCAACUCUUUCCACUGACAGUACGCCCCAAUCAUUUGGAGCCGUGGCCGGCGCUAGCAUUGCCGACGAUGGCGAGCUUCACACGACUCAUCAAAAUACGAUUACUGACAUUCGCAUCUACUCUGGUGCUCGUGAUCACGUCGAAAGUAUCAGUACAAGUGGCGUUGACGGUCGUUUGUGCACAUUCGAGACAAACAAAGGUAGCACAGCCAUUGCUCCCAUUCUCCGAGGCAUUCAGAGUAUGCAGAUCGUGUAG